UCAAUUGAAUCCAAACUAAACGUGAUUGUAUAGAAGAAUACACGAAAAAGAAAAUCAAACAAAAUGUAAUGGAAGAGAGACAAGUGGACAAAGAGGAGACGAACCACGAAAAACAAGAUUUAGUAACGGCUUUAACUGUAACCAACUCAUCACCUGAAUGGAAUUAAACCCAUCAUUUCUUUAGUUCAAUCAUAACUAAACCCCGUAACCCUCGUUGGAUCUCUCAUUCUCUUUUUUCUUUUCAAAAAAAAAAAAAAAAGAUAGCAAAUUAAAAAGAAAAGAAGCUAUUCUUAUAUCUUCAUUUUAACAGGAAAUUAAAGCUUUCCCUUAAGCUAGGGUUAAUUAACCCUAAAAAUCUAAUUUCAUUGUUCUCAUCCUUCCCAUGCAUUUCCUUGACCUCUCAUUCCUUUCAUUUUGAUAUAUCAUUGCCUUGCUUUCUUCAUGGGCUGUGGCAUAUCUAAGUCAGAGCUGGAAGAGAGAGGGCAAGGCUAUCACAUAAGAUCCCUUCGUCGAAGAAAUACUGAGGAAAAAGAAGAUGAUUCCAAUUCUUUCACGAGUCGCCAACGGAAGAGUGUCUCUUCAUUGGCAAGUGAAGGUGGGUUCUUGAGAAGGGUUCUUGGUUCUCUUGAGAAGGAAAGAGGGACGGAGAGAGAUGUAAUAUUAGAUUCCAACGACAAUGUUGGCCUGAAAAGCAUUUCUUCUUCUUCUCCAGGAAUGGACUAUAAUAAUAAUAAUAAUAAUAAUGCCUUCAGUUUGAUUAAGCAACCCCAUGUAGAAACAAUGGAUAAAGAAACUACAAAAGAAAGCAUGGUUAUUAAUAAUAAAGAGAUGGAGAAACAGGAAUCCAUUGAUGAUAAAGAGGGAAUGAUUAUUAGGGCAAGGCCAAGUAAUGUAGAGGCUAGCAUAUUGUUUGGCCCAGGUUCUCCCAGUUUCAGGGUGUAUUGUGCUCAUAAUGACUUUAUCGCUAGAACCUAUGAAGAAGAUAAUGUUGAUGAUGAUAGGGAAGAGAUCAAAUUGACAAAGGAAACCCAAAAGGGAUCGGAUAUACUGCCGACGGCAAAAAGAGGACGGAGGGUAAGAGGAAUAAGGAAUGCAAUGCACAUGGGUGGAUCAGCACUUGGACUUAGGAGUGUCUUUGUGCAAAGGGGAGGACCAGCAGUAGGAAGGAAAAACAAUGUAACGAGUGGCUUGAGCAGGAGUCACAAUUCUACACCUUCUAAUGAGGAUACAAGUAAAUUAAUUGCAUAAGCUGUCCGAUAAUCAUCUUAUUUAUCUCCAUAAGGGUAAUUAACCAGGACGCAAUAAUCUUUUCAUUCCUUGGAGCUUUCCCCUCUUUUUGUUAACCCUGAAAAAAGAAAAUGGAAAGAAAAACUAACAAAUUACCUUUAUGUCGUUCUUUGUUUGUUGAAGAGUAUUCAUUUCUUCAAUUUUUAUGUAGAUAGGGGUAUUAUGGUGUCUAUGUCAUUGUCAGCAGUGUAUUAUAUGCGUUUGUGCUCAGUUUUCCCUCUGUACUGUAUAUGAUUUUGCAAUGCAAGAGUAACCCUCUUUGCAAAAUAUAAUUUUCAGAAACUCAGCCUAAGCUUAUUAUAUUAUUAUUAUUAUUAUUAUUAUUA